AUGGUAUACGACAAGGAUGAUGACCAAAUCACCACGACCAAGUUUCCAUUGCCAGCCAAUGACGUGGACUGCGAGUCAACGGAUGCUCAUACCCAUCUGGGUGCCGAGAUAGAAACAAGGCUCAUGAGAAAGAUUGACUUCUGGCUUGUUGGCUUCUACUCGCUAGUAUAUAUUUUCCGGGUGAUUGACUCUAACAAUUAUGCGAACGCUGCAAUCAUCAACUUGGAAGCCGGCACCGGUAUCAAGAAAGAACUUCACCUUGACGCCCACCAGUGGUCAUGGACACAGUCCAUCUUCUCAUACAGCUACCUCAUCUUCGAGCCUUCCAACACCAUCCUUCUCAAAUAUUUUACGCCCUCAAAAUGGAUGUUCGUUUUGAUAUUAUUUUGGGGAAUAUGUGCCUGUUCUGCUGGCGCUGCUCAGAGCUUCUCGGGAAUGAUGUGUGUGCGGUUUGCGAUCGGAAUGGCUGAAGCAGGCUUUUAUCCAGCUGUGCUGUUUCAUAUGGCUUUCUGGUAUAAGCCAAGCGAAAUGCCCUGGAGGAUUGCGCUGUUUUAUUCACUGGGUCAAGUCUCUGGUGCACUGAGUGGACUACUAGCAUAUGCUAUCAGCUUUAUGAACGGUAUUGGUGGGCUGUCAGGCUGGAGGUGGCUGUUUAUCAUCGAAGGUCUCCCAGCUAUUGCGCUAUCUGUUGUGGCAUUGUUCGGUCUUCCAGAUUACCCCGACACAGCCCGCAUGCUGACAGAGGAGGAGCGAGAUUUCCUAAGAAAUCGUCUUUCUUCCUCGGCACCUUCUGGCAAAGGGAGGAGCUGGGAUUGGAGAAAUGUCAAGCUGCUCCUCUUGAGUCCCACUCUGUACACCUUUGCACUAUACUGGAUCGGUCAUGGUAUUGGCGGAUUUGGAGUGACUUACGCUUUACCGACUGUGAUAUAUGACCUCGGCUUUACUUCCACGGCUUCGGCGCAGUUGAUGAAUAUUCCUCCCUAUGUUGCAUGUUUCUUCUUUCUGAACACUCUUGGGUACUUACUUCACCAAAAUUGGAUCCGACCAUGGACAACUGCAGUCGCAGUCGAAAGCACGACAAUCAUUUGCUAUAUCAUCUUGAUUACUGUUCCAAAUUCUGUUGUCAAAUACAUCGCCUUGGUAGUAGCCACCGCUUGUGCAGGAUCGGCAUACCCAGUCAUCUGGCCAGAACGCAUUCGCGCACUUGAAGGAACCGCAGCGUCAGGUAUUGGAAUCGGGCUGACGAAUGCCAUGGCUCAGUUUAGUGGCAUAGCUGGGCCUUUCAUCUACAGUACUGUAUUUGGGCCGACAUAUCGCGUGUCGUACAUCAUCUGUCUUUGCUUCCUUUGUGUGGCUAUCUCGGGGAUUAUGGCAUCUGCGUGGCUCGUGUGGAGGAAGGAUAUGCAAAAGGAGGAUCGAAAAAAUUCUGGACGCGAAAGUGCAUGA